UGCAAUCGAAGGAUAAAAGACGUCGUAUACGAGUAUCAAUCUGCCUCGUAAACAUUGCCAUUGCGUUUCUGCAAAAACAAAAUAGUGGCAAUGAGAAAAUGUGUCAAAAGUUUGAAUUCGUUCUCGUUCUUUCUUUGCUUCAAAGAACGUAGAACAGAACACCAUGCGAAGCGGGCGUACGCACCUCAAAAAGUCACACAACCAUGAGGAGAUUUGUAGUGCCCGGCGCGAAUUCAAAACGACGAUGUUGAAAACAAGCAUCUUCGUCCAGUGGGUAAGGGUUUUGGCGCACUCCGUCUGGAUCAUGUCUCGCUUCGCCCCGCUCGUUCACCACAUGACUUACCUCCAACGUGCCUGCCAAGUCGUGCUUCCCUUCCAUUCUGUUUUAAAUCACGAAGCUGUGAGAGCAAACAGGCAGCAGCCAUCGCUUUAUUCCUCGUCCGGAGCAGCGAAACACGACGAACAAGAGGAAGAGCAAUUAUAUCACCACCCAUCGCCAUCAGAGGACGUAGAUGGCAUUGCAGACGGUGCUUCCAAGCAAGCCGAUUCAUCAGAAGCAUUGCGGUCCUCAUCUCCCUCCUCAUUUAUUGCCGGGCGUCGAGCCUUCGUGCGAAGUGUUCAAAGCGAAACUGACGACGCUCAAGACCUAGACCACCACUCGCUGUACUUCUCCGCGGAGGCCGAGCCGCGAAUUGUAUCUGACGACGAUCGCGGUUCCAGCGGCAGUUCCAUUCGCACACCACUUAGUACAACUCGUGAUGGAGCGAUAGCAAAGACAGCUCCGUCUACUUUCUUGUUCCAGGACGAUUCAGGAGUAGAGGACGUCGAGGUCGACAAAGUAGAUACUAAAAGCGGGCGCCCAGUGCUGCGGCUACUCGUCCCGCCAGGUGGUAACAGUGAAGAUAAUGACGAAGCAGAGCAAGGAGCAAAAGACUCUUCCAUUGGGAGGACGUACGGUCGGCCGUCUGGGUUUUCAUCUUUGAGCGAAGUGCAGGCCGGAACUCGCGAGGAUGUUGAAACAGGAAAACAAGCAACGACGUCGCCUACCUCAGCAUCCUUGUGCGGAAACGAAAUCUGCGAUUUUGUGAUUGGCGCGAACCCCGUCGCGGAGCAACUGCGAAGCGCAAAUCAGUCUGCAGCUGUUACGGUGGUACCCAGACUGCCCGUGCGAAAACGCAGCAGCCCUGUCGGGAUCUUCGACUUCGGUAGACAACGAAGUAGCGUCCAAAGGUGGCGCAACUGCGGGCAGGAGUCAAAACUCGACGCAUGCGGAGGCGGAGCGACACUCAGACUUUUGCCAGGUAAUGUGGCUGCCGUCUCUGGAAGCCGAGCGCGUUUAUUCGGAUGCCGAUGUUGCCGCGCGUGUGGUGCUGCAUGCCGACCAGCCUCGACUGCGACCGCGUUGCGUGGGAGCGGGUUUCUACGAUUACGACACGGAGGCUAUUUUGAACAGAACCGAAAAGGGGGAGCGGUUUUUCAUCGCAGUAGAUGA